GCCAUGUCUGCUCAGUAAGAGUAGUAGAGAACGUGUGGGAACCGUGCAGAAAAUGCUGCGAAAGCGGGACGGGCAGACUUUGUGCAGCAUCGGCCGUGCUUUUCGUUCCUGGACCUGCAUCAUGACUGCUACAAAUGUUCUCUUCCCCAUCCCACAUGCCCAAAUUGUUUCGGGUCUCACGACUGCCCCUGCUGUCUCUCUGGUGCACGCUGCACAUGUUGCGCUGUUUGACUCCAAGCUCGGCAUACACAAUGUCUCUCGUCACUCACACAAUGUUGUCAUCCCACCUUACGCAGACGCAGCACAUCCCACUGCCUGGGAAGCUGUCUUUGCGAACAAGACGGCGCCGCCAGGUGGCUUUGGGUUCUAUAUACAUGGUCCAGAGACAUGGCAGCACAAGCUCAAGCGGCGUGGAGAGUGGCAGGAGGUCAUCAUGAGCUACGAGGUCCUGUUUGAGGAUGGCUGGGAGUGGCAGAGGGGCGGGAAGUUGCCAGGCAUCUGUCUGAGUUGAUCCUCUUGCGCGCACACGAGUCAAGAUGGCGACAUGGACGACAAGAGAGCCAAUGCAAGUGCUUCAAUCUGUGGCUUAUGUGGAGGUAAGUGGCUUCCUUGGCUCAC